AUGAUGUCUCCGGCAUGGGGUGGCCCACACGGCCUGCUGGCCCUCUUGCUCCUGCUCCUGCUUGUGGGCUGGGCCAGCCCUACCUUGGUCAGCGUGAACCUCGGGUUGACGGUGACAAAGGGCCGCUCCGCCUUCCUGUCUGGGGACAACCUGAAGUUUGCCAUUCCCAAGGAGAAAGAUGCCUGCAAAGUGGAAGUCGUGAUGAAUGAGCCUGUCACCCAGAGGGUUGGGCAGCUCACCCCACAGGUAUUUGACUGCCAUUUCCUUCCCAAUGAAGUGAAGUAUGUUCACAAUGGCUGCCCAAUUCUUGAUGAAGACACGGUGAAGCUUAGACUUUACAGAUUUACUGAAACAGACACCUUCACGGAGACCUUUAUCCUGCGGGUCUAUCUGUUGGAACCAGACUGUAACAUCAUCCGGAUGAGCAACAAUGUGCUGGAGGUGUCUGAGUUCUACGGCCUGUCUCGGGCAAUUGAUAAGAAUGUGCUCAGCUUUGAUUAUGGUGGGGUGGCCAACCUGGAGUGUACUGUCCGGCUGGCCCCCGUGGGAACCUGGCUGCCUGCCCACGGCCAGAUGGUCCUGGUGGAACCCAGGCCAGAAGGACCUCGUGGAGAUGAGCCACACAGCUUUUUCCCUGAAUCCCAAUUGGGAACUGAACUGAGGUGUCCAGGUGGAAGCUGCACCAUAGGACUGAAGAAAGUAGGAAGUCUCCAGGUGAGCUGUGAGGAGUUCCUGCUGAUGGGCCUACGCUAUCAACACCUGGAUCCCCCUUCCCCCAACAUUGAUUACAUCUCCAUCCACCUGGAUCUCACCGACAGCAGGAGUAAAAGCAUAUACAAGUCAGAGAGAGCAUGGUUGCCUGUCCACAUCCGAGCCGGCAUUCCGAAUCAGCUUCCAAGGGCCGCUUUCAUGGCCAUGUUCAUCCUGGAAGUGGAUCAGUUUAUCCUGACCUCUCUCACCACAUCGGUUCUGGACUGUGAAGAUGACGAGACCCCCAAACCUUUGCUGGUGUUCAACAUCACCAAGCCCCCGGACCAGGGCUACAUGACUCACCUGUUGGACCACACCAGACCCAUCUCCUCUUUCACCUGGAAAGACCUAAAUGAUCUGCAGAUUGCCUACCAGCCCCCUAACAGCAGCCACUCUGAGAGGAGAAAUUAUGAGGUGGAGUUGGAGGUUUAUGACUUCUUCUUUGAAAAGGGCGCUCCGAUGACAGUCUAUAUCUCCAUCAGAACAGCAGAUACAAAUGCCCCACGGGUUUCCUGGAACACAGGUCUGAAUCUCCUAGAAGGUCAGUCUCGGGCCAUUACUUGGGAACAAUUUCAGGUUGUAGAUAAUGAUGACAUUGGUGCCGUCCGGCUGGUCGCCAUUGAUGGACUGCUCCAUGGACGUCUUACACUAAGAGAGGGAAAAGGAUUUUUCUUUACCGUUGCUGACCUGCAAGCUGGGGUAGUGCGUUACCAUCAUGACGACAGUGAUUCCACCAAAGACUUCGUGGUCUUCAGGAUAUUUGAUGGCCACCACAGCAUCCGCCAUAAGUUCCCCAUCAACAUUCUGCCCAAGGAUGACAGUCCCCCGUUCCUCAUAAGCAAUGUUGUGAUUGAACUGGAGGAGGGGCAGGCUGUGCUGAUCCAGGGUUCCAUGCUGACAGCGUCAGACAUGGAUUCCAGCGACGACUAUAUCUUCUUUAAUAUCACAGCCCCGCCACAAGCUGGAGAGAUCAUGAAAAAGCCAGGACCAGGACUCAUAGGCUAUCCAGUCCCUGGCUUCCUUCAGAGGGAUCUGUUUAAUGGGCUCAUUUACUACCGACAUUUUGGUGGCGAGACCUUUGAAGACUCUUUUGAAUUUGUCCUGGGGGAUAGCCACGACCCUCCAAAUCUUUCAGUACCUCAGGUGGUGACAAUUCAUAUCACACCAGUGAAUGACCAGCUUCCCAAAGAGGCCCCUGGGGUUUCUCGUCAUUUGGUUGUCAAGGAAACUGAGGUGACCUGUAUAACUAGGAAGCACCUGCAUUUCAUAGAUGUGGAAUCCCACGACAGGGAGCUUCUCUACACUGUGACGACCCCUCCAGUCUUCUCUGUUAGCCCCAGACAUUUAGAUGCUGGGAGAUUAUUCCUGGUGGACAGCAUUCCAAAGCUAACCAAAAAUCCUGUGGCUGAGAGACUGAAGUCAUUCACGCAGCAUGCCGUGAACUACAUGAAAGUGGCCUACAUGCCCCCCAUAGAAGACAUAGGCCCUUAUCUGCGCCACGUCCACUUCACGUUUUCUGUCAGUAACCAGCAUGGCGGGACCCUGCACGGGCUCUGUUUUAACAUCACCCUCCUCCCUGUGGACAAUCAAGCCCCCAAGGUAUUUACCAACCCGCUGAAGGUGGCUGAGGGAGGUCAGGGUGUCAUCAGCACAGAGCACAUUCUUGUUUCUGACGUGGAUACCACGCUGGACAAUAUCUACCUCUCCCUCCAGAGACUGCCUCUCCAUGGAAGGGUGGAACUUGAUGGAACUCCUCUAGACACGGGGAGCACGUUUUCCUGGGAAGACCUCCACGCCUUAAAAGUUAGGUAUCAGCACGAUGGAUCUGAGACGCUUCAGGAUGACAUUUUCUUGGAGGUCACUGAUGGCACGAAUCCAGCCGACUGUAUUCUACCUGUGCAGGUCGUCCCUGUAAAUGACGAGCCACCAGUCCUGAAGGCUGGCCUCAAUCCCACGAUGCAUUGCUCAGAGGGCGGAGAGGUGGUCAUUACCUCUGAGCACAUUUUUGCUACUGAUGUGGACAGUGACGACUCGAAACUGAUGUUUAUCAUCGCCCAGAAACCUCUGCACGGAGUGGUGAGGAAUGCUGGGGUGAUAACGGGUCAGUUCUACCAGGAAGAUGUCCUCUCUGGGACUGUGACGUACACACACACAGGUGGUGAGAUCGGCCUGGUGUCCUGUCUUGACACCAUUCUGUUGGUGGUUUCGGAUGGACAAGCUGGGCCCUUUGUGAAUGGCUGUUGCUAUGGUGACCCUCCUCUGUAUGAUCCUUCUCAUGGGACCUUCCCAGUGUAUGAGCUCAACAUCACAGUACAUCCCGUGGACAACCAGCCACCUUCAAUUGCAAUCGGCACCGUGUUUGUUGUAGAUGAGGGUUUCUCUGCAGCAAUAACUGUUGACCACCUGUCCACUACUGACCCUGACACGGAAGAAGGAGAUCUGGAGUUUGUUUUGGUUUCUCCACCCAAAUUUGGUUACAUUGAAAACACACGCCCCACUGUAGGCUUUGAGAAAAGCAAUAUGGGCAUAGGUAUAGCUUCAUUUCGGUGGAAAGACGUGAAGACAUUGGCCAUUAACUAUGUGCAGUCCAAGCAUCUGAGGACCGAACCAACUGCCGACCAGUUCGUGGUGUACGUCACAGAUGGGACGCGACGGUCCUUGGAGAUACCAUUUUAUGUCAUAAUCAACCCUACAAACGAUGAAGUGCCUGACUUCGUAGUGCACAAUAUCACUGUGCUUGAGGGACACAUGAAAGAGUUGGAUUCUUCUAUCAUCAAUGCUGUUGACCUGGAUAUUCCCCAGGACCCCUUGCUGUUCACUGUCUCCCAUGGACCUCGCCAUGGUCUCCUCAUCAAUGUGUGUAGGGAAGGCUUCCCUCAGUAUAAGAAGCCAGCAAAUUCUCACCAAUACCAGCAACCUGUUCAAAACUUUUCCAUGGAGCUCCUUGAGACUGGCAUGAGGCUGCUGUAUGUGCACGAUGACUCUGAGAACCUUGUUGAUGACUUCACGAUUCAGUUGUCUGAUGGGAAACAUAAAAUACUUAAAACUGUUUCAGUUGAGGUCACUCCGGUUAAUGAUCAGAAGCCAGUGCUGAGCAAGAAGGCAGAAAUGACAAUGAAUGUGGGUGAAACUCGUAUCAUUUCUAGAGCUGUUCUUUCGGCCACAGAUGAAGACUCUCCCAGGGAGAAGAUAUACUAUUUUUUUGAAAGGCUUCCCCAAAAUGGGCAACUUCAGUUUAAGAUAGGGAGGUCCUGGGCCCUGCUCUCUCAUGGCAUGAGAUGCACUCAGGAGGAGGUGGAUCUCAAUUUGCUAAGAUACACACACACUGGACCGGUGAAUUCCCAGGACCAGGACAGCUUCACUUUCUAUCUGUGGGAUGGUGACAACAGGUCACCCAUCUUUGACUGUCACAUUACCAUCAAAGGCACGGGAAAAGGUGAGAUUGUGAUCCUUACAAAGCCCCUUGUGGUGUCCAAAGGCGGCAGGGGUCUCUUGACGACCACCACUCUUCUUGCUGUGGAUGGAACAGACAAGCCGGAGGAGUUACUCUACGUCAUCACCUCCCCGCCACAGUACGGCCAGGUGGAAUACGUUCGCUAUCCUGGAGUGCCCAUCACAAGCUUCAGCCAGAUGGACAUCGCAGGACAGACAGUCUGUUACAUACACUUGAGCAAAGUCACUGUCUCCAGGGACACAUUCCGAUUCAUUGUCAGCAACGGCGCACGGACCAGCCAUGGUGUGUUUGAAAUCACACUGGGGACUGUGGACAAAGCCUUGCCUGUGUUGUCAAGAAAGAAAGAACUGAGACUGGAUGAAGGGGCCACGGGUCUGCUCUCAUCUGAUCUCCUCCAGCUGACUGACACUGACACUCCACCAGAGAAACUCGCCUUCGUCCUGGUCCAGCUCCCACAACGUGGCCAGCUGACCCUGCGGGGGAAAGCACUGCUUCAACCACGUUUCACUCAGCAGGAUGUGGACAGCAGGAACGUGGCCUACAGGCACUUGGGAGGGAACGCCACGACUGACCAGUUUACUUUUGUGGCCUCAGAUGGAACAAACCAAGGCUUUGUUGUGAAUGGGAGAGCAUGGGAAGAACCCGUUUCAUUCUUCAUCCAGGUCGACCCGUUGGACAGAAGAGCUCCCCAGCUUGUACACUCCCAUUCUCCCUCUCAAGUGGGACUCCUGAAAAAUGGCUGUUAUGGGAUUUACAUCACCUCACGGGUGCUGAAGGCCUCUGAUCCUGACACUGCGGAUGAAGAGAUCAUCUUUAAGAUUUUACGAGGCCCACAACACGGGCAUCUGGAGAACACAACAACAGGUGAAUUUAUCCAUGAAAAAUUUACCCAAAAGGACUUAAACAGUAAGACUGUUCUUUACAUCAUUGAUCCAUCUUUGGAAGUAAAUUCAGACGUCAUGGAGUUUCAAAUCAUGGACCCCACAGGGAACUCUGGCCCUCCUCAAAUUUUGGAACUGAAGUGGGCUCAUAUUGGAUGGUCGCAGACCGAGCACCAGGUCUGUGAAGAUGCAGGCUUGCUGUCCUUAGAAAUCACCAGAAAGGGACACUCCAUGGACUCAGCCUUCGUGAGCGUCAAGGUCAACCCAGUGUCAGCUACAGUUGGAAAGGAUUUCACUGUGACUCCGUCUAAGCUGAUUCAGUUUGAUCCAGGAAUGUCAACGAAGAUGUGGAAUAUAGCAAUUACCUAUGACGGAUUAGAGGAAGAUGAUGAGGUCUUUGAAGUAAUUCUGAACUCCCCUGUGAAUGCAGUUCUUGGCACAAAGACAAAAGCUGCAGUGAAAAUUUUGGACUCAAAAGGAGGACAAUGCCAUCGCUCAUAUCCCUUCAACCAAAGCAAGCACAACCGGCGCGAGAAGGGCAUUUGGCGGCCACUGUCCCCAGGGUCUUCCUCCCCCACCACUUCUGGUUCCUUUCAUCUGGAAAGAAGACCCCGUCCAGCUUCCAAAAGGCUAGAGGUCACCAGAGGAGACACUCCACAGAGAUUUGAUUCUAUAGAUCCUUCUCGAAUGAGGCUGAGGCCCCGUGGGAAUGGCAAAACAAUCCACCCUUCCUCUGUCUUUAGAAAUGGAACAGACAUCAUCUAUAACUAUCAUGGGAUGGUUUCUCUGAAACUGGAGGAUGACAGUUCCUCAGCACACAAACAGAAGGUCAAACUCACCAUCACGAGCGGGCCUCAGGGGACAAGGAAAACCUCAGAACUGCCACAAGCAGAUAAUGGGGAAUCCACAAGCAACUCACACUUCUCCAGACAGGCCCAGGUACCCUCAUUUCCAAAGAACUGCACUCUGGAGUUAAAAGAACUUUUCUAUUUUGAAGAAAACCUCCAAAAGCUGUAUCAGUGCAAUGGGAUUGCCUGGCAAAUCUGGAUCCCUGAAGCCAAGAAGCUGGAAGACAGGUCCUGCCCAGCGGGGUGGCUGCAUCACUCUGGUUACUGCCACACCUUGACCACGGAGCCGAGGCGCACCUGGACCCAGGCAGCCCGAGCUUGCCGCGAACAACACCUGGGUAGCCUUGUUACUGUCCUUACCAGGCAGCACAUGCGAUGGCUCUGGAACAUCAGUGGAAGGAAGCCCUUCUGGAUUGGGUUGAGUGACCAAGGACCCCAGGGUCACUGGCAAUGGAUUGGUGGUGAACCUGUCACCUUCACCAACUGGAAGAAAAUGCCCCCUCAGCAUUCAAAGUCCAGGAAAAACUGCGUUUUGGUUCAAAGACAAGGGAAGUGGCAAGCACGGGACUGUAGGCAAGGCCGAGGGCACAGUUACAUCUGCUCCAGAAGACUGGCGGGGCCUGGCCUCUAG